UUUUUCUUCUCUACAGUCAGUCUCAAUUUGACUCACAUGUGAGGAAUGUCACUGAGAGAAAACUGGAGUUUUAACUGAGGGAGAAGAUUUAUUCUAGGUUCUUUUGAAUGUGGUGUAGCGUUUUAAAUUGGCUUUGCAGCCUGGGCUCAUGACUGGUAACGAGAAAAAAAAAUAAACAGGCGCUCUUCUCAAAUGAAGUCAUUUUAUUCUGGUGGUGUUAAACACUGCAGCCAUGGCUGACCUGAGGCAAAAACAUUCCCAGCCUGAUUUCACACAGGAGCUCUUCAGCUAGAAAUUUGCUCACACCUUUUAGAAAUCUUGAGUUUAUAGUCUUCGUUGUUUCAGGAGGUUCAGACUCCAUGUGAUGCCAUAAAUGUGUUUAACUCCUGAAUUUAAGGCGUUUUUCCACUCAUCUGACAUGAUAGCUACUGUAGUUUGUUUGCAUGUCGCCAGUUGGCUACACAAUGAAUGAACAUGGCAACUGUAGACAUUUCAUUUACUCACCUCUUCAAAAUAAAGCAAAAAUGAUUCAUGUGCAUAAAAGGCAGAAAACCAUGCCUUUUUCAAUUUCACAUAAUGUGCAGUACUGCCCGCAAAAGUACUUAAAGCCCUUGAUUUUUAUCCAUUUAUUUACUUUUACAUUUUCUCAAGCAAAAUCCUAAAACUAGGUAUAUGUUUUUACGAGAUAAACCAACACACAGCAGUGGAUAAUUGCAAAGUGGAAGCAAAUUCAAGACUUUUAAUUCUGACAAAUCUCUGGUAAGUGCAGCAUUUUGCUCUGACGAAUAUAGCAAUCGAGUUUACAGACACAAGUUGGACAUUUGUUGAUACCCCAAAUAUUCAGAUGAUCUGUACAAGACAGCUUCUUUACUUUUAUGCAUAUUAGAUUUACAGUUUGGCUAUUUUACUGGGUAAAAAAAUGUUACAUAUAAAGAAAAUCUUGACUAUUUUAACGGAGGCACACUAAAGGUACAAACUAAAACAUAACCCAAAGUGCAUGCAUGAAAAACGACAGAUAUAACUAUAUAUAGGUCUCUGUUUUGGUCUGUAAUGUAACAUUAGUUUAAUUUGACCAGACUCACAGGCAUUAUAAACCCAAGGGCUUCAAAUGUAAUUUAUUCAGCUGAAUGUUUCCUGUUUUGUAUUAAAUUAUUCCUGGUAUGACUUUUAACGGAGCUGUUUUUGCAGCAUGUUCCUGAAAUGUGCCACCAACCAUGAUGUACAAUAACAAGCUUCUGCCCUUUCAUGUGUCUCCAAAAAGAGGCCAGGUCAGUUCUUGUUGGAAAGCAGAAUCAGAUAUACAGUAUGACCCUUAUUCUACAGCAAGGGGACGUGUCCUAUGGUUAUUUAUUUGGCAGGUUUACAAAAACGCUUGAGGAUUGAGGUUACAUAACACGGUUCCACAUGGGCAUUGCUGUAUGUUGCUUCACUUUGGCCACAUAAUUACUUCUUCAGCUUUCAAACAGCCCUGCUGAAACUUUGACUUUCUGCUUCUGUGUGGCAGUGGGGCUUUAGAUCUGAUGUCCAGGUUUUUCCAGUUGUUCUUAAAGGCAGGAUCUCAUGGGGACGCAGUUAUCCCUGAGGUAAUAACACAGAGGAUGGAUGUGGACGCUGUGGACACUAACAAAGCCCAGAAGAGCUGGACAAAUGCCCCAAGAAAGGAUGUUAUUAAAACAGUCAACUCCCAUUAGUUGCAGUUUCUGUUAUUAAUUUUACACAGUUUGAACCCGUGGAUAUAAAUAAAAGUGUGCAGCAAAGAAAGGAAGUCUUUCUCUAAACAUGCUUGCGGACAAAAAGCAUUCGAGCUGAGGGAAGAGUGAGCUACACAAUGAGGCUAGAUAAAAGAAGAGUUCAAGCCUCAAAGACACUAAACAUGACAGAUGUUUUGGAGUGGAGGAGAUGAAAGCAGAGGGAUACACAUCACAGAGCAAAUGUGAGAGGAAAGAGAGAAAGAAGAGCAAAACACAACUGUGGACUUUACAGCUCUAGGGAAGUGUGUGUGUGUGCAUGAUGAGGAGGUGGGUGAAGAGGAGAGAGGAAAGCCGUGGUUGGAGGUUUCAGAAGCAGGAGAGAGAGGUGGAGGAGGGAGAUGGGAGAGGCUGGAUUACAGAAGCAGAGAGCUGGAGUGUCUGAGAGGCUUUACGCUCCUGUGGAGAACGAACCACGAGGAGCAGAGCUCCUCUUCCUCCUGCUACCGGAGAGGUUCAUGCUGGAUUUAACUUCCACCAAGUCGACACUUUAAACCUGGAUUGUGUUUCCUUUUAUGCAACUUUGUCUGCACAAAUGCUCCACGGUCGAUGGCAGCGGAAAUGGUGGUAAGAUGAUCCAGUUAGAUGAAUGUACUAUCUGUUGCAUCAUGUUGUGUGUUUUGUAAUUUGUGUUCAAGAAUCAUAUUUAUCUCCAGUGAUUGUCUGAAUACUGAAUUACUUAAAUACCAAAUAAUUCAGUACUAAGUAUUGAUUUGAUUGGUUUGCGGGCAGACAUAAAUUGGAUCAUCACAAUGACCUUCACUACAUUGUGAUAAUCCAAUGAAUUAAAAUAAGGUUUCAAAACAUUAAUUUAAGUUUUAAUAAAGCUCAUUUUUACUGUGUUUGUAUUACUCGGAGUCAAUAAAAAUCACUCUAAAGUAAUAACCAAACCUUGUGUGCUAAGACUGAAGUGUUUAAUCAAUGAAACUGUUGGGUGGAGUCUUGUGUAAUGUCAGUCCGUUGAGUUGUGUUGCUGCCAUCGACACGGCGCAGCGAUGAUGUUCGUUGCCAGCGUGUUAAAGAGACCAGGAGUCACUAAGAGAGAGGAAGAGGCAGGCACAUGUCCAGAGUGACAACAUUUUCAUUUAACUCAUUUCAGCUGUCAAUUCAGUUCUAAUCAGUGGAGUUUAGCUGCAGUCUGCAAGUUAAUGUUUGAAUAUUAAUAGCUUAUUUUAAUCUUGUCAAUGCUCAAUAAGCACUAAGAGAAGCUUGGUGGAUGAAGCAGUAACGGUUUCGACUGUGUGCACUUUGAAACAAGUAAUGGUAUUGUAUAUUUUUGGUUAGUUUGUUAAUAUUUCCAGAAUUCAAAUGAAAUUUUAGAAAGAAAGAUUAUCAGAAUUGAUUUAUUUUAUUUCUGCUAGUUUCCAAAAAUACACUGUUCACCAUAGAAAUUGAAUUAUUUUUGACAUAUCCCACUUACUUUGGUGGUUUAAUUUCCUCUUUGAUGUAUUCACACAGAUGGGUAAAAAUAAUUUUAUAUGAGCUUUGUAAGCAAAUCUGGUAAAUGUACAUUAUUUUGUUAGGCAUGCAGUCAUGUAUUUUUUAAGAUCUUAGUUUAUCUUACAUUAAUAUUAGGUGGCUUUUCUGCAUCAAAUGAACUAUGUAUCUUUCAAAUGUUGAAGUUAGUAAAAAAAAGUAAACAGAAUGUAGUUCGGCCUGAUUUGAAAUAAAGUAUUAUCUAGUGCGUGUUUGUAUUUUUGUAACAAUUCAUUUUAUAUGUCAACAUGUACAAUAUAUAACCUGCAUGCUUUAAUAGAUAGCACAAAGUAAUUAUUCAUGCAAUAAAAAAAAAUAUGAGUCGACGUUGUUUAUUUAAACAGUGAACGCAGGAAUGGCGUGAAAAAUGUAAGCAAGGCCAUAAUAUGGUGACAGACACAAAACAAAAAACAUGAAAGCUUCUUUGUGUGCACUUGUCAAACACAAAGGGAACCUGGACAGACAGGAUGACAGGCCGAGAUGUGAGGAGAAAGUCCAGAUUCUGCCUGCAUGCUGGAUCAGAGAGAGCCUUGGGCGGUUCAGUGCAGACCCGUCCAGCACGCUUAGUACUACCCGUGACCUCUGUGUGUUUGUAGGCGACCUGGCCGGAGAGUCCUGACCGGGCCCCGGAGGUCCUCCUGCAAAUGCCCGAACCCGUCAGUCAGGGACAAAGCCCUGUCAAAUCUCAUUCACUGCAUGCAUGGAAAACAGAUAUUCAAGCACAAAGUUCUCCAACGAACAAGAAUAUUCUAUUUUUAAAGCAACUUCUCUCAUUUUGAAGAAAGCAAAUAUUUGUUAGCAUUCUUUAAGUGCAACACUGAAAAUCGAUUUCUGUAUUGUGUUUAGUCUGAGGGCUUGGGAAUUUCUUUAAGAUACAUGUGUUCAGAAUAAAACUAUUGAAAAUAAAAGUUCAUUAAAAGCAUCUGUGUGCGCGGCCAACAUGCAGCUGAACGCAUGCAAAUAUAUUUCUCCCUACAACUUUCACUUAUUGGACAUUUUCACUCUAUUGUGUCACCACAAAAUGUGAUUAAUGCUGCAUUUCUCAGGCCAUGCACAGUUAAAUCUCUGUCUACUGGUUGUGAAGACUUUAUCUUUCUAACAGCUGCAUGUCGUGUGUGUGUGUGCGUGCGUGUGUGCGCGUGCAUAUGUGUGUGCUCUGCCUCUGCUGUUAGCUCCUUGCGUUACGACGCCUGAGGUUCUGCCGCAGGGAUGACUUCCGCUUGUCAUCUUUACUCAAGGAAGGCCAACCACUUCACAUCAUGGUUUCCUGAGCCAGUUUUCUGCCAACACUUCACAGAGAUUAUUACCACUCUGGGCCAUGACUGAGCUGCUUCCCAACACCAGCAUUCCCGUGGGCACCGCAGCUCUCCUGGUGACCUCUGACUGUCCGUUUAACCUCACUGCGGCUGCGCAGACGGGACAUGGCUCGGGCCAGUCACUUCCACCCCUCUGCACCUUCUGCUGCUGUGGGAUGCUCAACCGCACCCUUGCGGUGGCGUUCAUGGUCAGCCUGGCGUUUGCUAUUGUGGUUGGAAAUGUGGUUACUCUGACAGUCUUUGUGCAAACUAGGCAGUCGAGAACACCACAAGGGUACUUGAAAGUGUCCCUGGCCAUAGCAGACAUGAUGGUGGGUGUUAUCGUGGUUCCUUUCUCUGUUUUCACUGAAAUCUCUCUGAUGGUGACCAGCGCUCCUCCCUUGUGGUACCAGGGUGGUACAUCGGCAUCCUUCAGCGACAUGGGGAGCCCCUGGCAGCCCUGCAUGCUCAUUGGUCCCGUGUUUGCGGGAUGCACCUUUGUCUCCAUCAGCACCAUCUUCCUGAUGACCCUGGAGCGCAGCGUGGCCAUCCUGUGGCCGCUCCACAAAGACGCGCUGGUGACCAGAAGACGAACGCUGCUCCUCAUCCUGCUGUCCUGGGCAGCCAGCUUCCUGCUGGCUCUCGCCCCUCUCAUCUUCAGCAGCAACUUCACUUUGGAGUACAAUGAGUGCAGUCGCAUGUGCAACUACGCCCCACUGUUGUUUGGCGGCCGGCUCCCGCCUGACGCCAACAUUUUGCUGCUGUUCCCAGCAUUCGACUUCACACUUCUGGGUGGCACAUUAGCAGUUAAUAUUGUGUCCUUCACAAGCAUCCGCCGAUACACCCAAAAACGCAAACUGCUCUCAGAGGGGAGUCUGAGUGACGGAGGAGGAGGAGGAUGCUCCCACAGACCAUCAUUCUCAGACAUUAAGGCUGCAAAGACAAUUGGCAUACUGACAUUUGCCUUCACAGCAUCCUUCUCUCCAAUCGCGGUGUUUGUGCUCGGAAAUGUGGUGGGAUACACGUGGUGCAACUUUUCUUUUCUCGCCUUCUGGAUUCUGACAGGAAACAGCUGCUGUAAUGUCAUCAUCUACAGUGUGAGGGACCACCGCUUCAGGAAGGGGGUGACCCUGCUUUUUCAAAGAGAGCAGUCCCCUCCCCACGGUGAGAAGACCUGAGGACCGUGUUAAUUUAUUCUGUUUUCGCAAGCACAGUUUUUGUGGCUUUGGUCCAAAAUAUUAAAUGAUUGCAAUCAUUUUGUCCAAAUGAGGAUCGAUGUGCAGCGUCGAGGCUUUGCACAAGGGAGAAAAUGUGGAAACAGUCCAUGUUUUCUCCAGAUCUGCUCCAGAUCUGGGCAGUCAUGCAGGUUGGGAGCUUUUACCAUAAAGAUGCAUAUUCAAGUCCAGUCGCAAACAAAUUCAGGUGAAUCAACCACAGGUCAACGUUUUCAGAGUUGCAUGAAUGUUUCAAGUUGCAGUAACACUUACUCAGCUGAGAAUGUAGUAAAAUUGAGGAGAUCAUGAUUUUCAGUUGCAAGUCAGAGUUGAAGAUGCCAUGAUUUUAACUUUCAGACACAUUCAAAGAUUGUAAGAAUGCCGUUCUUGGUUUUGCCAUACAGAGUCAAAGAGUGGUGAAGUUCAUCAUUAUAAAUUGCUAUUAUUUCAGAGGAAAUGACAGAUCUCUUCAUCUCAUUAAGAUAUGAGUCUAUUCAUAAACUAAAGGUGAAUCACUGUAAGGUCACAAUGAAGGUGAAAAUAUCCAAAACUGCAGUUCACUGAUUGACCACUGGAUGCCAGCUUUGAAAGCAGAAGGAAAAAUUAUUUGCGGUAAUUUUUUGUUGUUCUUUUGCACUGCCUUGCAAAGACAUUACUGCACUUUGAAGUUGUCCAUGUUUUGUCAUACUAAAACCUCAACACCAACCUAAUUCUGUUCUUAUCAACCUUUUUGACAAAAAAAAGCACAACCAGUUGCUGUCAGAAGUCGCCUAAUUGUUAAAUACAAUCAAUCUGUGCAUAAUUUAAUAUCUGUUUAAAACCAGGACUGCAUCCAUGAAAACUGGGUUAAUUAUAUAACUGAAAUGAUUUAAAAUGUGUUAGGUAUUGAUCUAAGAGCCAAAUCCUUACUGUAACUGCUGCCUAAUAGAAAUACACAAUAUCCAAUGAUUUUUAAUAAAAUCCCAUACUGACUCAUCCUGCCUACUUUUAAAUUUUAGUCAUCGUGGCUCUUUGAAAAACUUAUGAAGUCACUCUUGCUCUUUCUGUGGCUUUUAGUGAACUGUCUGUAACUGAUCCCAGAACAAGUCAAUUUUACUAAUUUCCUUCAGGCGGAUUAUGUUAAAACUGGACACUUCUGUUUUCAUUCUGGAAGCAGCUAAAAGCAAGAGUGAUUUAUUUUGGUGUUUUUCUGGGUAGGAGUGAGUAUCGAGUGAAGCAGGUCGGGUAUCUUGGUAUCAGGUCUUAAUGAGAAGAAGCAGGAGAUGGUUUGACACAUCAGAGCUUCAUCUGCAGUAAGAUUGGCUUUCCUCCAGUCUGUUGUUUUGAACAGCUAAACAAAAAGGCUAACCUCACACUUUUUGGUACGUCUGCAUUCAAGACAUCACCUGUAGUCAUGAGAUGUGGAUUGGAACUAAAAUAAUAAGGAGCCUGACACAAGUGGCUGAAAUGAAUUUCAUCAAGUUGAAGGCAUGGCUCCACCCUAAACUUAAGGAGAGGAACUUCAUUAUACUGAAAAAGAAAUGCUGCUCCUCUUCAUCAACAAGAGCCAUCGAGCUCUGGAGAGGAUAGGGACAAAAACGGUUUUGUUCCCGUCCUGGAUCUGUUAUUUCUGCAAUCCAGCUACUAAGUCAGCUGGUCAGGAUACUCAUUUGUCAUUGAACUCUAUGGUAAUUAAAAAAUGUUUGUACAAAGAUUUCAUACACAAUUAUUUCUCUGGAUAAAAACACAGUUAGACUCUCUGAGAUUUUUGUAUUUUGUAUGAAUUUUUAUCUCCAGUUUGCUAACAUGCGUCACUAUAAAGAGUGAUAACUUAGCACUAUUGCCUCCCAGAAAGGAGGAGGAGGGGCCACCAGAGUUUCUGUGUGGAGUUUGUAUUUUCUGAUACAAGCAUGAAUAGAUUCUCUUCGUCCUACCCCCGACAAACAUGCAUGUUAUGUUAAGUGGACACUCUAACUUGCUCCCAGGAGUGAGUGUGUGUGUGUG